AUGCCACCACCAUCAAAUUGUUACAAUAAAAACUCAACUCGGCCUGUCGAAGAGGAAGAAGAUAACAACAACAAAGAAGAUAAUAAUUAUAAAACAGAUUCAUCAUGUGGAACAAACGAUUCGAGUUCAGAAGAUGAUAAAAAAGAAAAGAAAAAAUUUAAUUAUAACGGAUUAAGCAUAGUGAAAUCAUUUUUAGGACCGAGUUUCGAAGAUGCUUUUUUACGCACAUUCGAAUUUGGUAAAUCGUUAAUUCAAAAAAAUGACGACGAAAUCGAUACGAAUAAUGAGGUACUCGUUAAAAAACCUAAAAAAUACACUCGUAAAAAACAACAGCAGCUGCAACAGCAACUCCUCCACCACCAACAGCAACAACAAAAAGGAAAAUUAAAAAUAAAAGAAGUUAAAUAUAAACCCACGUCUAAUCACAAUCAAAUAAAUCAGAAUUCGCAAGAUUCGCGAGAAUCAUUGUUAAAAGCAAAUAUAAAAAAAUUAAGCGAUGAAAGACUAUCUAAAAAACACAUCGUUUUCACCGCAAAAUUAAAUGAUGACGAACAAAUGUUCAAACCUCCGAAUUCGUCGAAAGUAACAAAUCUAUCGAAAAUAAGAAGUUUGGAUAGCGAUUUGAAACAAGUGGCACCAUCUCCGGAAAAGAUAAAAAGACAAUUGGAAGCAUUGAUACAAAUAAAUAAAAACGAAACGAAAAAUUUCAAUAGGUUUUUCGUGUCGAGAACAUCAAAAUUUAAUUCACAAUUAACAGUCAUGCCAACAUUAUGCGCAACUAAAAAUCAAAUACAAUCGAAAAUUCCAUGUCCAGAUAUAUUCAAAGGUAAAAUGGUACAAGCAACAUUAAGUCAAGCACCUGAAUUUAUAACGAGCGCAUUAGGACCAACUUUAGACGUUUGUUGCAGUGGAAAAUUAGAAGAAAAUUUACAAAACUUAUCGAAAGCAUGUCCGUCGCCUUCUCCGUCGAAACAAGGUGGCGUGUCGGCGCAAAACAGCGCGGUACGUUUGGAAACCCGAAUAGAAGAAUUGAAAAAAAUCAUAUUCGAAUUACAAGAACAAGAACAAAUAUUGAGGAAAGCGAUUGCGGAGGAAGAAAACGAUAGAAACAGCAAAAGAAAACAAUUCGAAGAAGAAGGUAAAAAAAUGUUCGAAAUGAAAGCGUAUUUAGAAGAAUUCUUGGUUAACAAAAAGAAAAGUUCUUCGAGCAUUCUGCCAUCGGAUAUUAAUUUAAUUUUUGGUAACAUAAAACAAAGAUUGGCGGCGGAAGAAGAAAAAUUACGUAAAAUAAAAGAACAAUACGAAGUGUACAAAAAAGACAUUGCUGAAGUUAAAUGCAGGAGAGACACGUUAAAGAGAAACAAAUCUCUGCUAGAUGCAUGGGAUGUUAUCGCAUCGAAAAUUUGUCACACGAAACUUCCAUCAUAUUCGAAAAUCCACAGUUUGGAAAGGAAAUCAUUGAAAAAUGAUGACGUUGGUGAUCUUCAUUGUUGUUUUCCAUCGGGAGGAGGAGAAUUCGAUAGGUCUAAAAUUGUUGAUAGAAAAAAAAGUCACAAGGGAUUCAGAUGCGGAAGCAUAAUUAAUUUGGAAUGGUGCAACGAUGGUAAAAGCAAAGAAAAUUUUAAGAGUAAUAAAACGUGUUACGGUGAUAAUCACGGUCAGGUUAUUUUUCCAAUACAGAGAGAUGUUAUUUGCGGUUUGCAUAAAUCAUUUAAACCUUGCUGUUGCAAAAGGAAUAAUGUCAAAGGUGAAAGUUUAAUGUGUAACAGUGAUGAUGAAAUUAUUAAUAAACGUUCCAUCAGCAAAGGAGGUAAAACAUGUAAAAACAUAAGUCGUUCGAAAUCGGAUACGGGUUUGAAAAAAAUCGGAUCAUCGAGAAUAACAAAAGUUUUAUGGGCCGUUACGAGAAUAAACGUUUUUCAAAAUAAUUGUAAAACAUAUGAAAUAAUGGACACGACAACAACGCCACCUCGUAGUCCGCCCGUUAAAACGGAAGGAAUUUUCGUUGUCAAAACUUCGAAUAAGAGAAAACCUUAUUUUAAUUUUAAUACAGGCCCGUUUUGA